AUGUUCGUCAACCGCAUUGCCCUGGCUGCAGCACUCGCAGCCAGCUACGCAUUGGGUGCACCAGCUUCUGAAGAGAUCACAGCUAUCAGAAAGCGCAGCUGCGAUGCCGGGCCGUGGGCAUGCAGGAUCAUCAACGGCCAGCAUCAGGUUGUCCAGUGCGACCCGACAGGCAAAGACUACGUGAUCGUCGGUAAAUGGUCACAACCGCCGAGCACCGCGACCGUGACCGACGCCGAGAUCGCAAACCUCAGCAACAAACACCAGCACUCGCUGAGCCUGGCAGACCUCGUGAGACAUGGCCGGCCUCCUCUCUCGACCGAGGCUCUCUACUCCUCCGCCAACUUUACCCUGAGCCUGCUGCCCAUCCGCCUCGCCCACCGAAUCCAGGCCCUGCGGAACCUGCCCUUCAUCGUAGUCUCCAACCCGAACAUCAGCAAGAUAUACAACAACUAUCUGCACUCGCUGUCUACGCUUCUCCCCUGGAAACACCGCACCAUUUCCAACAUCGAGGCCGAGAUCCAGUUUACCUCGGUCCUGGCCGAGCUCGUGCAGACGCAUCAGGAUACGAUCCCGAUACUGGCCAAGGGGUUCCUCGAGUGCCGCCGCUACAUCUCUCCUGGCGAGGUCACUCGCUUUCUCGAUGAGCACCUCCGGGCUCGGAUUGGGACCCGAUUGAUCGCGGAGCAGCACAUUGCGCUCCACUACAGCAGCGUCCCGCACUUUGACCCGAGCGCAAGCCCGACACCCUGCCCGGAGCACCCAAGCUACAUCGGAGUCAUAGACACGGCUCUGUGCCCAGCCGACGUGGUCAACUCGUGCGCGAACUGGGUGGCGGAGAUCUGUGAGUACAAGUACGGCGAACGGCCCGAGUGGAUCGUAGACGGCGAGCCGGAGACCGCCUUUGCCUACGUGCCCAUGCAUCUGGAGUACAUCCUGACAGAGCUUCUCAAGAACGCGUUCCGGGCCACGAUUGAGAACCGCCACAAGAAGGAGCCUAUCGUCAUCACCAUCGCACCCGAGCCCCCGGAUGCCGGGCCGCCCAAGGUCAAGCUCGACCCGCCGGCAGAGAACCUGGGCGCCUUCAGGAGCGAGGCCAUCAAGCCCCUGGACGACAAUGCUCCCGGAGUCACGAUACGGAUCCGCGACCGGGGCGGCGGUAUUGCGCCCGAGGUGCUGCCCAACGUGUGGAGCUACAGCUUCACGACCUUCUCGGAAGAUGAUAUGCCCGGCGGCGGCAGCGGCGCGGAUGCGUUGAGCGUCAUCUCCAACACGGGCGGGGGCGGCAGCUCGAUUGCGGGACUGGGAUAUGGGCUGCCGCUGAGCAGGGCGUAUGCCGAGUACUUUGGAGGUGGCAUCGGCGUGCAGAGCCUCUACGGCUGGGGCACAGAUGUGUACCUGAGGCUGAAGGGCGUGGGCAAGAUCGAGUGA